AUGGAUGCUUUCUGGGCGGCACCUCCGGUGUCUCGAACGAUCACGGCCUUGACUCUCGCUCAGUCUAUUCUGGUCCAUGGCGGCCUGCUCAGUGGAUAUUAUGUUGUCUUUCUGCCCAGGCUGCUAUGGAAGCUACCUCCCCAGAUCUGGCGUCUGGUCUCAUCGUUCAUGCUAACCGGCAGCGGUAUCUCGUUCAUCUUUGAUCUCUAUUUCAUGUACUAUUAUGGCAGUUCUCUGGAAACCGCGUCGCCUCGGUUCACCCAGCCAGAAGAUUUCUUCACCUAUCUGGUCUUUGUAGCCUCUGUGAUCUUGGUAAACCAAGAUGCCUUAGCCUUGAUCAUGGCGAUGGUCUACACCUACUCCCAGGAUAACCGCGGCAGGAGAGCGACCUUUAUCAUUGUUCCAAUGCCUGUUGAGUAUCUGCCCUUUGCGAUGCUUGCGUUCACUUUGGUCAUGGGUGGACCGAACGCAGCACUAUCCGAGGGCAUGGGCAUUGUCGCUGCUCAUCUCUACGACUUCAUCACGCGCAUCUAUCCCACCUUCGGAGGCGGCCGUAACUGGAUCCAACCCCCUGGUUUUGUGCGUCGAUACUUCCGCGGGGUCACCUCAAACCCUACCGUUCGCCCAUAUGGGACUGCUUUCCGUCAGCCUGCACCGCAGCCUGAAUCGUCCACGGCCUCCUCCUCGUCGUCUGGUGGUGGUAGUGGAGGUGGAUGGGCCUCGGCGUUCCAGCGGACCCCGGAUGCGUGGAGCGGUCGGGGUGCUGGACGGAGACUUGGCUAG